GUAAAAAUGCUUUAAAUAAACUAUGCAUACACACAAAUAUAAAUAAGCACACAAACACACACACACAUACAUAUGGAAAACAUACUUGACCAAUUUCGUGCAAUCUGAUUAACCAAUAUUGUGAUGGAAACACUUGUAAAUAAAUAGAUAUAAACUCUUCACUCUCUACCUGAUAACCUUUUACACGAAAUCAACAGAAAGAUUUCCUAAAUGUUUGUUAGUUAUCUUGACGAUUCUUCAUACUGCAAAAAUUGCACUACGAUUGAUGAUAAUAAAAGUUAUACAAGUGGUAAAGCCAAAGAAUUAUUUCGUUAUCUAAAGAAAAUCAUUUCUUAUAUUAAAACAAAACAUAACAUUGAACAACUGGAUAACACUUUCCUAGGUCUUUCAUGGACUAAAUUAAAUUCAUCAUAUGACAGGCUGAGGAAAUCACUGAAUAGCAGUGUGAUCAUUAUGAAUACUUUUCUGGUGUCAGUGAUACUGAGUAAAAUUAACCAUAAUUCACUAACUGAAACGGAUUGUCAUAACAAGAAUGAGAAUGUCGAAAACUUAAAAUCUGUAAAAUACCCCACAAUUGUUGUUGACAACAAGUGUUAUACAGCAGUGAACAUGAAAAAACACUCCGUACUCCAUAAAUUGAUUCAUAUUGUACUAAUAAGCAUGUUGUUCAAUGAAUCUCUUAUAAGCGUCAGUAAAAAUCUUUGCAUAGAUGCUAUGCGUCUACCCGAACCAGAAUUCGAUUUGUCGCCUACAUCAUCAUCUGAGUCAGAUUCUCAACGAGUACCUCCACUGUGGAUUGAUCCACCAGUAGUGAAAUUUAUUAAAACUCAGAAGGACGAUUUAGGCGAAACACUUCAAUCAGAAAAAAAGAUAAGACAGAGAGUAUCAUCAAUAUUUCAAGAUAAACAGGCUAUACAGAAUUUGUUGAGAGAAAUGAAUGCGUAUUACUUAACUUAUGGAAGACCAAGGUACGGAUAG